AUGGGGCGCAAGUUGGUGGCGCUGGUGCCAUCGACACUAUCAACGUCUGUCAACUUAGAGCGCUUUCACUCGGAUGCACAAGAAUAUCCGUUUCUUUCAAUUGUGUCGUGGACUUCCCGUCCCAGCGCAGACUCUAGACGAUCGCGUCAAUUGGCUUUGGACAAGAACAAAUGUCAGCUUCUGGAGCUGCAGAAACUACAGCCCGUCGAGGGCUCGCGCAGCUGGUUCGUCGGCAACUUCGUGAUGGAAAAUGGAGGAGUGAUGAUCUUUUCGCCAGUUGAUGCACACUUUGUACUUUUAGACGCUUUAUCCGGGCAACACACGCGAAUUUCGCCGCUGUACGAUUUACUGGCACGAGACGGCAAUACGUGGCUUCUACAGCUCUCGACACUGCGUCAAGAGAUGAUUGAAAUGCUUUGCGACGUACAUUCUGUUGGGAGUGGAGAUGGAGUUGAAAAUAUUCUUGUCAAAAUUAACAGGGUCAAAGUCACGAGCUGGCUCAGGGCAAAAGUAGAGAAGGUGGCGGUGGUGUUGGCCAAGCACGAACUGGAUGUUAGGGCCAAGGUUUUAGCGAUCGAUGAACAAAUAACUCUACCAGGUCUUACGAAACAGAAUAUGGACAGGACUGCGGCCCAGGAUAUCACAAAACAUUACCGUGAAGCGAUCAAAAUUCUUGGCGAGUAUAUUUCAGAGGAGUGGGUUGAAGUUCUUCGCGACUCCUUUAACAUAGAAGUUGUGGAAGUGACAGCUACAGCUAAGCUCGUCUCGCAGGACACGUUCAAGCGAUUCGAUAGGCGUCACAAUACCGAGAACGGGCCCAAGCGUCUGACACCAUCGAGUGCUAGUAGUACAAAGAAGAAGAGCAAACUAGACAGUGUCGAUCGCUCAGGAAUGAAGUCGCUUACAUCAUUCUUUAGCAAAAAAUAA